GGCGCUGUGAGGGAGCGCUGGGCGCGGAGUGAGGCGGACUCCGGGCGGGCAGGGAAGGGCGAGCGAGCCGCAGGGAUGAGGGGAGAUUCUUACCUCUUUGGAAUGCGGGGCCUUGGCCAGUACGGCUGCACCCCGGAGGACGGAGGACAGUUCCUGCUCUACUCUAUCAAUGGAGACCACGGCCUGAAGAGAUGUUUUGCAGAGGAAGAUUUUCAUGAAAUAAUUGAUUUCAACGAUCUCCCAAAUUCUCUCUUCGCCUGUAAUGUUCACCAGUCCGUGUUUGAGGAUGAGGACAGUAAGGAGAAAUUUGAAGGUUUGUUCCGUGCCUAUGAUGACUGCGUGACAUUCCAGCUGUUCAAAAGCUUCAGGCGUGUGCGGAUAAAUUUCAGCAGUCCCAAAUCAGCUGCUCGUGCCAGAAUAGAGCUGCAUGAAACACAGUUCAGAGGGAAGAAGUUAAAGUUGUAUUUUGCACAGAUUCAGACCUCUGAGACAGAUGGAGACAAGCUUCAUUUGGCACCACCACAGCCUGCAAAACAGUUUCUCAUCUCGCCUCCAGCCUCCCCACCUGUAGGGUGGCAACCAAUAGAUGAUGCAACACCUGUCAUCAACUACGACCUCCUUUAUGCAGUUUCUAAGCUUGGACCAGGAGAGAAAUACGAGCUGCACGCAGGAACAGAGUCCACUCCCAGUGUGGUAGUGCACGUUUGUGACAGCGACAUGGAAGAAGAUGAGGACCCAAAGAAUUCUCCAAAGCCAAAAAUCAUUCAAACUCGACGCCCCGGUGUGCCGCCGCCUGUAUCUAACUGAGCCUCUCCGGCAGAAGCAGCACUUCUCUCUCCUCCAGCACAGCUCUUGGUUUUUGUUUGCUUUGUUCUGUUGAAAGGCAGCCUUUGCCUUCUGAGCACCGGGACAUUAAGGUCAUUGAAACCCCUUCACAGUAAUCAAGCCUCUGUAACAAAAGGGCUAGGAAAAAGAUCUUUGUACCUGUAACCAUAUCACACACCAACUGAUAGAUCUAGCGGGAAAGGACAAAGCAAGGCUGAGGAAACAAGGGUUGGUUUCAGUCUGAGGAUCUUUUCACAGCUGUAAUUUGCAUGCUGAAACACCACUACCAGAGAUAGUUUGGGAGGGAAUUAAGCCAAUAUCAGUCUUGAUAUUCAAACUCCCAGGAUUGCUACUGCCCUUCAUUAAGCAGCCUGCACCUCUGCCCUCCUCACUUCCCAACAGCCUUUUCCCUUUUCCCUUUUUUUAAAGGGGGGUAGAUGUGUUGUUUUUACUCUACUAGCAGCUUGGUGGCCUUUGCACCCCCUGGAAUUUUCUGUAUAAAUACUAUCUUUGCAACAUUUUCAGAAACAACAGAAAACCCUCUUCCAGCAAUAGCUGUAGAGAACAGUGGUCUGAAAUGGUGGCAGGGAUCUGAGAUGGAGCUCUCUGGGCUGAGGGGAGAGGCAGCAGCUGCUGGGGGGUCUGCUCAGUCCUUCUCUCUGGAGAAGGGAGCCAGAAUAUCAAUAGGGAUUGUCACUUCAUCUUCUGUCAAGGGAUGAGUGGUGCUUCUCUUCGGGUCUGAGGAAGAGGAACUGACUGACUGCUCAUGUAACAUUACAGGCUGAAUGCUUUCCUAGUGGUGUGGUGAAUAGCCCUGAAAUUGUCAGUAAUUACUUGCACAUCUCUAAUAUUCAGCCCUUUUCCUUUCCCCUGUCCUGUGCUUCAAAACCCUUUUUGAGCUGUAUGCAGUUUGGGUUUGUGGAGGUGAGCAGAGGUUAGUUGAUUUUUUUUUUCUUUUUUAGGCCAAAGAAAACAGGACCAUAAUUACACACUUGAAAUUAGACUGCAUGCAACUGAAUCUCCUUUUUUCACCCCAUCCUGCAUGUUUCUUUCACUUGCAAUAUAUACUGGGUUACAAAAACUGUUCUGUGUUUGCAUCAUGGCUGACAGCAGACAGAUCCCGGAUUCCCUGUCUGGCAGACCUUCCAUGAUGAUUUAUUUUUUUAAGGUGUACUUGUCAUUUUGAGAACAUAUUUUCUAGACAUUUGAGCUCAGAUUUUGCAUAUAUUUAAGCAUGCGCUUAAUUUAUGCACAUGAGUAGUUCCACUGAAAUUAAUACUGCAGAAACUGAGUGUAUGUGUAAGGUAUGGUGGGAUUUUUAAGCUAAUUAGCUGCAGCCAUACUCCCCAAAGUGACUAUAAAAUGGCACAGUGAGCCUCCAUGGUUUAAAAUCCUUUACAGCUUAAAAUAAGUAAAUACAUCCUGGAAGCUUAUUCUAGGAUCUGAAAAGUCAGCUUAGGUUGUGUAAUCAAGAUUUUUGUUGUGAAACCUAACGAUCUGGUUUCUGAGGGAGGGUUCCAUCACACCCUUAAUUAGCAGCAAUGCCACAAAGCUUCAGCAGAGUCAGGUCCCCCUUGCAGGGUCUUGGCCUGGCAGCACUUCCAGGACAACAGGCGUGUUGCUGUGUCAGUGGGGACAGGAGAUGGCAUUCCCAGCCUGCAUGGUGAAGACAUCUGGGAAUGAGGACUUGUCAUUCUCACAGAGUUCAGCCUCUGACCACCACAGGCCCCUCUGGUAUUCCUGAUGAGAUGCAGUUUUUUGCUCAGCACUCAGCAUAUUUCCAUAAUGUGAUAAUUGUUACUGCAUUAUGGGCAUCAUUGUGUGCUGUUGCUCUGAUAGAAUACUGCUCAUGAAAUACAGCAGAGACUGAACAGAAAAUGGGGCUUUAGUAUCUUCAUGAUACCCGUGUAAAGUUUCCUUAAAGUAACUCCUUAGAGGUGUCAUGGCAAUUAUUUUCCCAGUGAUACAUUUUAAAUUGAUUUAAGGAAACAAAUUGUCAUUCACAGGCCUAGGAAUGUAUCCUGUUGAAAGCACCAUCUUGGGCCACAAAGAAUAUUCCAGGAGUAACACCACUGGCUUUUUUUGAGAAUACACCCAGUGCUGAUGUCCAUGGGGUUUAGUUUAGGCCAGUAUAAACAGCCCAGUAAGAUUUAAACACAUAAAUGAUCAGAUGUCAUUACUAAUGGAUUUUUUUACAGGCAAGACUAUAGAAGGCCAAACCUUGUCCUUGUAUCCAUGUCCUCAAACUUUGGAGAGACAUGGUUCUGUACUAAGUUCUAACUAAGUACUUUGGCCUCAAAUGAUGUAAAACUACACUGCAGAUUAAAGCACUGGACUUUAAAUGUUCUUUCCUCAAAGUGCAUUUUCAAACAGAUUUAAAACAAGGCCCCAUUCAGUGACUACUCCAUGCUUUGGAAAGCUGUGUGGUACUACCCAGGAGGCAGCAGGACAUGGCUCAUUGCUUGAAGCAUUGAAAUAGAAACACAAUUACAAACCUGAAAAUUCAAAGCAGCCUCUAUGGUCAAAGCUUAUAUAUCACCUGUAUGUGAUAAAAGAAUGAUCAUCAUCAUCUCAAAAAAAAAAAAAAAAAGGUGUGUCAUCUAUUAUGGAAUAAUGUCCCUAUCAUCAAAGUACCAGCAUUUGUGACUCUUGAGAGAAGCUGGUGUUUUACUAAAGGCUGGUUCUUGCCUGACAUGGAAAGAGUGCUUCUUUCAAAAAAUGCUGACUAUCUGGAAGGGGAAUUGUCCUAUUCAGUAAAUCACAGGCAGAGCCCCAUCUCAUUUGAGUGGGAGUUUGCUUUUCUGUAGCUUUUCUGAGGUCAGCCACUCUGACUCGCAUUUCUCACAGGGUGUCAGGGGUUCUCUCCUGCUGGAACCCAAACCCUGGAAGAAUGAAGCCUCAGUGUUACACUGUGGCUCCUGAGGCACAGCCCACAUCCCUUUAAUUUCCUCCCCAAAGCAGGAGCUGGAGGGAGUGGCUGGAGGUGAUGCCCUGGGGCCUCUGAAGGGUGGACACGGCUCCUGCUGCUCUUUGGAAAUUAAAGGAAGGAAAUCAGGGGAGUACAGCUGCUGCUUCUGUUGCCUGCUGUCUACUUGUCCUUUCUGACCUCUCCAGAAAUGAAACUGACAUUUUAAUGACUUCCUCUCUACAGUUUAAAGCAUGAAAACAUUUCCAGUGCAUGGAGAAAGAGUGUUUUAGAAUCUGCUCUUUUGGAACAAAACAAGUAAAUUUUGUGGCCUUGAUUUUUGUAAUUAAGACAAGGUAUGCAAACUGACCCCUUCCUAACAUACAGACACACUCUAAUAAACCUUGUUUUCAGCCAUGAAAAUAUGGCAAGAGCACCCCUUCCUCAACCAUAGCAAGACCACAGCCAUAGCCACUGUAAAGGUUAGAAAAAUUCUCCUCCUGCUUAAAUUUUGUAGCACUAAUUUGAUCCUAAAUUGGGUGAGAGGGGUGGGUUGAUUUUAUUUUGGUCUUUUCCCCUGCUCUGUCCCAGUCAGCAACACUGUAAAAGCUUUAAGCAAAAAUACAGAUUGUUGUUUGUACUGAGGAAUGGACAGAAUUCCUGGAAGGAUUCAAUUCCAGUGGUUUGUCUGAGCACUGUCACAGAUGCCAUGAGCUUUUCCAUUGUAUUGUACAUAACUUUUGAAAUAUUCUAUUUAGUCAUAUUUUAUAGGAGUAUUAAAAAGCUACUGGCUAAUUAAUCACUUUUACACUUGUAUAAUUCAGAGCUUCAUUUAAAAUAAUAAAUAUGGCAAACAGUAUUUUUGUGUUCUGCUUGCACUGGUGUUUGGAAAAGCAACAUUUAAAGAGUUAAACUAUAUCAAUAAACUGAGUAGUGUGGUGUAUACCCCUGGUAGAACUGAAAAAGCUUAAACAUGUGACAUAGGCCAAACUCUGUUUCAGUAGCAAUUAAGGGGAAAGCAGCCUUCUUGUUGGCAGGAUAUGCCAUGUUCCAUUUUAAGCUGCUGCAGUUUCACAGUCAUGUGAACUUGCUCUGGCUUGCCGUGGAUUUGGCUCAGCGUACACAAAAAAACCCUGCAGUGCAGUCCCUGAUGAGCAAAAGCUCGGCACGCCCCAGACUCCUGAUGUGGUUCUCACUGUGCUUUUAUAAUCAUGGGUGAUGCUGUGGCCAUGAGUGCUUGGACAAGGAACAUGGCAUCCAGCUGCCAGCCAGGCUGGGGAAAGAGUUCUGUUAGCAUUCAUUAUUAUAAAAAUUGAAACUAAUUGUUGUCUCUUGCAUCAGUUUGUGCUGGGUCUUGCAAAAGACUGGGAACUGGGAGAUGAGUUUGCUGAUAACUGUCCUGUGAAAUUCUGAUAUUGAAUUGCUCAAAUCUGGAUUUGAAAAAAUGAUACGGUUUUCUGUGUGCCUGGCAUAAAAAACUUCAUUUCUCAAAAGAUGAUUGUUCAUGAUUCUGAAAAUUAGAUCCAUCUAAGAAGUCUCUCUAGAGAAGUAAACUCUGAGCUCCUUAAUUCCUAUGAAAAGGACAGGCCUUAACCUCUGUGUUUUAAUCAGAAAAACUACUAAUGAAUUUAUUCUGGGGUUCUUUUCACCUCUUUUAGAGGUGAAAAGUUUCUUCAGUGAGUUUCUUCAUCCACCCGACUGAAAUGCUGUGUUUGUGACGUGCUGGCUGUGGCUCUUCCAGCGUGCUUGGCACUGGACACAGUGCUGGGAACUGAGCUGGGGAUGGCAGAGAGCUGUGUCCUACAGGACCAGGCUGAUCACAGUCACAGUGCUUUCAGAUCCUCUAAAGAAUAUUCACUGAAUUUAUUUUUGGUCUUUCUUUAGUGGCAAACACCUCAGCACUCAACUUUUUGCUGUUUCAGGCUUUCUCUCACAUACUAGUGUGAGAGGAAAACUUUUGCAUUUCCUUGAUUCUCUUUUGCCUAAGAAAUCACUUUUAAUUCUGGUUUAUCAAAAAACAAAACCCGCUAUGGAUUAAAGUCCUAGCCAGACCCUCAUUUAUGCUCAGCAUCAUGCAAUGCUCUUGACUAAUGAGUUACAUUAGCAACAACCCCAACACUGCUUUUCCUGGUUUAACCCAUCUUCUGGGGGAGUACAGCAGCUUUCAAUACUCUAGGCUCCUCUUAAAAAGAGAUGUUUUUAUAACAGUAGCUGUGCUCUUUUUUUUUGAAUACAUGUAGACUGCAGCAUUCAGGGAUAAAAGGACAAGGGAGGAAGUGUUGUAAAAGCUCUUUCCCACAGGUCUAUUUGAAGUGUGGAGUAUAUUUGCUUUGGUUUGGAGGGGAGAGAAGCCAGCACUGUUAGAAGCAGAACAGCAGCACUCUGGAUGGAACAGCAGGAACCCUGAUAGUCCCUACUGCAGAGACACUCAGAAAGCUUAAAAAAACCAGCCUGAAUUCUCUCUCCCCUUCUGUCAGUUUGCUCAGUAACUACACAGAUCCUGGGGCUGCAGAAAAAGUCAUCUUAAUGUAGGAUUGUGUCCUGAUGCUGCAGCUACAAAGCUUAAAUAGGGACAUUUGUUAGGGAGGUUCUUGCUGGAGUAAGGCUGGGAAAGCUAUGAAGUGUGAGCAGCCUUGAAGUUAAUGAAAAAUGAAGAUAUUCAGAACCUUAAAACAGACUUCAGGAUGCAUAGUCAUGUACCCAAGAGCUGUAUUAAGGGCCCAUUUGAAUCUGGGGCUCACUCACAACAUUAAGAGUAUCCAGCAAGAAAGAUUAAACUUCUCUAUUAUUCUCACCAGAAAAUCAGCCUUCUUUUAACAAAUUAUUGUAACUGAUCUUAUAUCUAGUGUGAGAAAGUUGUGUCUACAUUAGUGUCACACAGAUGUGUUCUCUUCACUGUUGGGUUAAUGAAGGUCAAUGUUUUGAAUCCAUUUUAGAGCAGAGUUCUUGUACAGAAACUUCUGACAGAAAUGCCAUCUGUAAGGACUGGUGGAUCCUUAAGUGUCAGUUUGGCAAGUUGUCCUACUGUGGGUAGCUGCAGAAAUAUUUCGUGUAUGUUGUUGUAGAUUUAAAAGCAUCGCUCAUGGUUUCAUUCGAGUGUCUGCAUUUCUGACACGGAUGUGACAUAUCUGUAUAUAUUAUAAAUCAAUACUAUUUUUAACCACAUAUUUUGUACAAAUAUUCACAUUAGCGCUGUACUUCAAUGAAAAUCUAUUAUGGUAUUAAACAUUUUGGUGGAAUUAGCAAA